CUGCCCGCCAGUACCGCUGCCUGAUCCACCACGAGUGACACUUCCAGGUCCAGUCCAGUGAGGCGGUUUUCCGCACUUGACACGCCUUUCCUGUGCCACAGUGAGAAAGAUGGCACCUCUAUUGCCGACACCCUCCUGGACUGUUCUCAGACACGCCGUGCAGAGCCAGUAAAGCGAGCCAGUUGCUGGUGAACUGUGAACCACUUCGCUGUUGCAUGCUACGUGAAAUUGCCGAAAAAUCAUCAUUUCAGUGCGCCUACAUGCUACAGGGUGACAGACCUAAUCGCAUCUAAAUGCAGACUCUAUUUUUUGCAAACUGAAUACAGUAGCGGGCGACUCUAGUGCACUAAGUGCUCCUGUUCUUACUUGUGGACUGUGGACCACUUUGCUGCUUCAGGUCACGUGAAACAACCUCUUCAGUGACACUAUUUCGAGAAACUUCAAUGCAUCUAACACUGUAACAAGUUUUCAUGCGUAAAACAAGAGCCCAAAUUCUGUAGUAUAUAUAUAUAUAUAUAACGAUACAGAAACAAAUAACACGGGAAAUAUUAUACUUUACUACUACUUAUUUUAGAAAGGCAGCUAUUGGGGUCGUCUCUUUUAUCACUCAUCAACACUGGGCAGUUUCUGCUGUCGUAGACGAUACUGCUUUGCAGUGUAAAAUUAAUAAUGGGUGAUCUCCCAUCUAUUCUGAUUUGUUCUACUCUAAGAAGAUGCAAAAAUAUGGCUUAACCAUGGUAGUCACGUUAAAAUAUCUGUCCCAGCUGUGUUUAUAGUACAAGCUUAGUACUGUCAGUGCGAGACAUUUUACACUGUAUUAUGUGAUUUUAAAACGACUUAAGGUACAUCGUUGCCAAUUCUGAAGUGAGAAUUCUAAGAAGGUGUGGUUAAAACUGCUCUGCAUUCGCCGUGUUCUGCGUGUAUUGCCUUCUAGAGAGGGCUCAUAAACGAUACAGUGCGAACAUCAACGUAUUUACGACAAGAAGUCAGGUUUCAUAAUAACUUCAACGACGUUAUGUAAGUUAUAGAGUUUCCUGUCUGGUUACGCUAGUACCACAUCGACAAAGACAAUAUUGAUUAUCAGGAUGUUUUGAUAGGAAUACUGUGGCUGUUCUCUUUUCACCGACGAAGAAUUUUCUAGAAUUGUGGCAGCGGAACACGACAAAGUCCUCACCAGUGAUAUUUAUUAUCGAGACACUGCUUGAAGAUUACGUGGGCGUAAGGCUGACCAACGGAAGCACAGAAGCUUAUGAGGUUUGGUCUUUCUUCCACUUCAGUGUAAUUUUACAACCGUUUUGUGUUUGCAACGCUAGUGACGUAUUGCGUGGAACUGUGAGAAUGUUACAGCAGGAAAACAGUGGCCGUUCUGACUUACACUUCGAAGGAUUAUAGGGUAUUUCGGAAGCUCAGACGAUAGAGUCCUCGAAUCGAGAGAGGAGUACUUGUCAUCGAGGAGCCUCUCGGAGGAUACGUGAGCAUUACGAAGUAUCGCAUUUGGGCCAGCUUUACAGGAAACUCGCGUGUGCGCGUGUGACCCGGUGACCAGCUGGAUAUGUCAACAGCAGCCUCUGGAGGCAUCGCUCGACCGCGUGGGUCAGUGCCCGUGGCACCCGGCGCGCUUCGCCGCUGACGACCCAUCCGCGACCAGCGGCACUUUGCCCAGCGCUCGGCGGCCGCCGCAGCGGACCAGGAGCUCGGCGAGAGGCGACUGAACGAUGACGUCAGAGGCGGGAUUGACCCGGUCGUUGAGCUGGCUGCUGCUGUGCCUGCAGCUCUGUCAGGCCGGCACCGGCGGGGACCCCCUGAUGCUGCGGAGGAGGGCGAUCGGCUUCCGGAACGCUUCCGCUGCCGAGAUGCCGGUGCUGCACCAGCACAGCAAAAGGUUCAGCGGCCUCUACACGGGGCCCUACUUCGACACAAGCACUGCUACCAACAUAACGGCCCAGCUGGGCACGCACGCCUACCUGCCGUGUCGCAUCAAGCAGCUGGGUAACAAGUCGGUGUCGUGGAUCCGGCGGCGCGACGCGCAUAUCCUGACGGUGGACCGGUACACGUUCAUCGCGGACGACCGCUUCCAGGCGUUUCUGGUCGAGGCGACGGACACGUGGACGCUGCAGAUAAAGUACGUGCAGGCUCGCGACGCCGGCCAGUACGAGUGCCAGGUCAGCACCGAGAACAAGAUGAGCCACUUCAUCUCGCUGCACGUCGUCGUGCCGCGCGUGGAGAUCGCGGGCGGCCACGACCUGUACGUGCGCGCGGGCAGCACGGUGGCGCUGCGCUGCGAGGUGACGCAGUCGCUGGAGGAGCCGGCCUACAUCUUCUGGUACCACGACGGCGAGCGCGUGCUCUCCUACCAGGACAUCCGGCUGGAGCGCGUCGCGCCCGACGCCACCGUCAGCACGCUGCUGAUCCAGCGCGCGCGCCGCGAGCAGUCGGGCAACUACACGUGCAAGCCCAGCAACCUCGACUCCGCCUCCGUCCUGCUGCACGUGCUCGACGGGGAGCACCCGGCGGCGAUGCAGCGCGGCAAGAACUCGGCGGUGCCGGCUGGCAGCUGGUGGGGGCACGUGUGGUGCCGCCUGGCGCUGGCGGCGCUCGCCGCCUUCUCCGGCCUGCACGGCGCGCCCUGCCCCUGCCACGCCGCGGCUCUGCUGCCCGCGCUACUCGCAGCGGUCGCCUGGGCCUCCGCGUAG